GAGACAAUACGUGAGAAAGAAAAGAUGCUUAAUAUAAACUAGCGGUAAUUCUCAAUGAUUUAUCGAAGUGCCUAGUAGUAGUAGACUGUGUGUUAAAAUAUCAUUAUAGUCAAAAUAAGUGUCCUAAUCAAAAAUGUCUCACAGAAUCCAUCUGGCCUCAGUCCUGAGUGAUGAAACUGCUGUUUGUACAGAUAAUGCUUUUACUAGGGAUAAGUCCGUUAACGAAACAAUUGACAAACGACUCGAAAAUUUGAAGUUAAAGAUAAUUGAGUCAAAUGACGAAUUUUCAGGUAAUGAUGCACCAAGAGAAGCCCCAAACCCAAAUUAUCCGAAAACCCGGAAAUAUAAAACGACAUUAGAGGUUGUUAAUACAAAGGAAUUAAGGGAAGAUGCUAGGGAUGACGCUAAGAUCGUGUAUGACAAUUUCUUCAAAAACUUGCCUAGGUUGGAUGAUAACAACAUAAAAAUAUUAAGCCAAUGGCAAAGUGCAUUAAACUACAUUCUUAACCAAAUGCCUGGUUUCAAAUGGAUGAUCCAAAACAAUGGAAAGGAGGCUACGCCUAUUAACCAUAAGAUCAGAAAUCAUAAGGGAAAGAACGCUGAAAGAUAUUUCAUUACUUAUGAUGCCACUCUAGAACAGCGUCUUGAGGGUAACGCAAAAAUCAUAAAGGAUUUGGACAGAAUGUCUUUUAAUAGUGGUCUCGCUUGGAUUAACCUGGUCAUCGAAAACAAGACCGAUAAUAUUCUAGAAUACCAAGCUUUGGAGGUGAUUAAAUGGAAAGAGAGAAAAAUCUUAAGAAAGCAUACUGCUUCAUCCGAAGAUGCCCGAAAGAAAGAAAUCGAACAUAUUGCUCCCGUCGAGUUAAUCACAUUUAUUCUGAUACAAAAUAAGUAUGAAUCUUAUCACGGCUACCUAAGUCAUCCUGAACAACGAGGAAAUGAUACUGCCGUGAUAGAACAACUUGUCAAGGAUUAUAAGGCAUACUGGAGCGAAGAUAAUGAUACCUUACUUGAAGAAAUUAUGACUAGGUGUGGAGUCCUGGAUAUAAGUAACGAACUGACAAAAAGGGCAAUGAGAGAAUAUGGGAGAACAAUUAAAGCCAGAUACCUAAAGCUCGAUGUUAGUCAUGAAAAAAUCAUAGGUAAUCGUUUUCUAAAAUGGAACAGGGCACCACCCAAGAAGAGGUUAGGAUAGGUUAGGAUAGUCAGAAUGGCAAACACAGUAAAGCACGGAUCGAUGAUAAUAUUAAAUGCAGAUAACAGUCUUGUUCUCAAAGAGUAAUUUUUCUUCUAUCUUCAGGUUCCUACACAAAGCCACCAAGAUUGUCACCUCACUAAUUAUAACAUCCAUGCUUUAUUGUCGUACUCUGCCUUACUUGUUUAUUUCUCGCUCUCCGGGCAUUAGUUCGGACGACUUCUCUGCCCACUAAUCCUUAUCUACUAGUUGCAAUAAAAACUGUACAAUAUCUCUAUAUCUCUACCUAGUCACGGUGUCUGGUUUCGAAUUCGUCACCAGAAACAUCGUUAGGAUCUUCAUCCUCCUUCAAUUUAUACUUCUGGAAUGCGCUCUUGAUUUGACUCAAUAAUUCAUCAUCAACAGCGGCAUUGGAGUCAAUUGACCCUCUAGAAUUGGUUGGAACCA